UUUUCAGUUCUGUGUUUGCUUGAAAGUGAAAGAUGAAGCUUCUUGAGUUAUGUUGUGGGCAUUUUAGAUCUACAAUACCUUUUUCUUUUCUUCUACUUUUAUAUUCAAUGGCCACCAAUUCGUCCUGCUUGAGCUUCGCUUCAUCUUCCCACACAUCCAAUUGCAGCGUUGAGGUACUCAGUCUAAGCAAGCUUAGCUCCAAUUUAGAGCAGCUAUGGAUUGAUCCCGCUUCUUAUUACAGCGAUGCUCAAAUUGUUGUCGAGACUCAACCCCUUGCCGUCCAUUGAUGUAUUCUCGCCGCCAGAAGCUCUUUUUUCCGUCACUUGUUUAAGCAACCCAAACCCCAGUAUUGCAUCUCUGAUUUCCUACCUUACGGCAACGUUGGAUAUGAAGCAUUCACCAUUUUCUUGAAUUAUAUCUAUACUGCCAAACUUAAUCCUUCACCUCUCGACGUCUCUACCUGUGUUGAUUCCCUAUGCGCUCACCAUGCCUGUCGACCUGCCAUUGAUUUUUCUGUGGAAAUGCUAUACGCCUCGUCCAUUUUUCAAGUACCCGAGUUGGUUUCGCUCUUUCAGAGACGGCUUCUUAACUUUGUUCAUAAGUCUCAUGUCGAAGAUGUAAUGUCGAUACUCGUUGUCGCCUUCCAUUGCCAAUUGAAUCACCUUCUUACUCAAUGUGUGGCUAGAAUAGCAGGUUCGGAUCUUGAUAACAUCUCAAUAGAGAAAGAGCUUCCGUAUGAAGUUUCGGAGGACAUUAAACUGCUACGCCUUUCUGAUGAUGGCCACAAUGAGGAGCCUCUGCAGGAAAAGAGCAUUAGAAAAAUUCACAGAGCGUUAGAUUCAGAUGACGUUGAACUGGUUGAACUUCUCCUCACAGAGUCUAAUGUAACACUCGAUGACGCCAAUGCUCUUCACUAUGCUGUUGCAUACUGUAAUCCCAAGGUUGUGUCUCAGGUGCUCGCCCUUGGUCUUGCUGACGUCAACCUUAGAAAUCCACAAGGGUACACAAUCCUCCACAUUGCAGCAAUGCAAAAAGAACCAUCUGUUAUAAAAUCUUUGCUGACGAAAGGGGCUUGCGCGUUAGACAUUGCAUCAGAUGGGCGAACUGCUGUUAACAUCUGCAGAAGGUUGACUAGGCCUAAAGAUUAUCAUGCUAAAAUGGAGCGUGGUCAAGAAGCAAACAGGCAUCGGCUAUGCAUUGAUAUUUUAGAGAGAGAAAUGCGGAGGAUCCCAGUGGCAGGAGAUGCUUCUAUCACUUCCCAAUUAACACCUGAUGAUCUGCACAUGAAGCUUUGGUACUUGGAGAACAGAGUGGCAUUUGCACGUGUACUCUUCCCUAUUGAAGCCAAAGUAGCCAUGUACAUUGCUCAUGCUGUGACGACAUCUGAGUUUGCCAGCCUUUCUGCAUCCAAAAGCUCGAGUGGGAAUUUGAGAGAGGUUGACUUAAAUGAAACACCAAUUAUGCGAGAUAAAAGGCUACAUUCUAGGAUGGUAGCCCUUAUGGAAACAGCAGUGGAAAUGGGUCGACGUUAUUUCCAUAAUUGCUCGGAAGUUCUUGACAAGUUUAUGGAAGAUGACCUUCCUGAUCUGGUUUACCUUGAAAAGGGAUCGGCAGAUGAACAGAGAAUCAAGAGAAUGCACUUCAUGGAGCUUAAAGAUGAUGUUCAGAAGGCCUUUAGUAAGGAUAAGGCUGAAAGCUCUGUGUUGUCUUCCUCAUCAUCCUCGUCUUCUUUGAAAGAAAGGGCUAACGAGCUUAGAAAAUUAUGAAGAAAUGUAAAUCAAGUCUUCAAUAAACCUUUACUCACGGCAAUCAUGAAUUUCUAUGAGAUUUUGAUAUGUAAGAGUCUUCAAGUAUUAGCUCGGCCUGUAUGAUUUUAGCUAGAAACAAAGUAUAUAUAUAAUGUUACUAACUAUGAGCUAAGCACCAAGCGCAGUGCUAAUAUGCUAUGGAGCUGGUGCAACUUUUACUUGAAGAGAAUACAUAGAAAAGGUUUGCAAGUUAGCUGUUAGAAACCAUGAUAAUGAAAAAUGGCAAUUGAUUCUUUCAAAUUUUGAAUAUUGA